AUGGGAGGCGAUCUCAACGUGAAGAAGAGCUGGCAUCCAGUGCUGCUCAAGAACCAAGAACGAGUAUGGGUUGAGCAGAAGAGAGCGCUCGAGGAGCGCAAGCGCAUCGACCAGAUGAUGAAAGAGCGCCAGGAAGAGAGGCAGAUACAAGAGCUACAGGAGAUGCAAGAGGCCGCGGGCGGCAAGAAACGACUGAACCGAGUGGACUGGAUGUACUCUGGCCCAGCUGCCGGACAGGCUGGCACGACAGAGGAGAUGGAGGGAUACCUGCUAGGCAGACGGAGGAUCGACGGGCUGCUUAAGGGGUCAGAGAACUCGAAGCUGGAGAAGACCGCGCCGGAGGAUUCGUUUAUGCUGUCUCAGAACGCAAACACGGCGAGAGAUACGGCGGCGAAGAUCAGAGAGGACCCUAUGCUGGCCAUCAAGAAACAGGAGCAGGCUGCAUACGAGGCGAUGAUGAACGAUCCAGCCCGACGGAGGGCCUUGCUGAAGGCUGCCGGUAUGGACGAAGACAGGUCGACGGCACAUACAGAGAAAGAGAGGAGACAUCGACGACACCGGCACAGAGAUGACCGUGACCGUGACCGUGACCGGGACAGAGAUCGUGAUCGAGAUGACGAGAGACGCUCCAGUCAUCGGUCGAGGAGACAUCAUGAUGAAGAAGAUGAACGACGAAGAAGCAGACACCACCGUAACAGAGACAGGCCGCGCAGCGUAUCGCGUAGCCGUUCGCCACCUCCGCGCAGGUCCCACCGUUCACCUUCACCUCGUCGUAGAAGACGUUCGUUCUCGCCCCGCCAGCGGGAUAGGGGCCGGGACAGAUCACGGUCACCGUAUCGACGACGCGAAGAAGAAUCGACACGAAGACACAGCAGUUAUCGAAGCCAUCGGUCUGCUGGCCCACGCCGCCCCAAACCAGAGAUCCAUCAAAACCAUCCUCUUCCUCCUCCUCCUCCUCCACCACAAUCUGCUGACCUGGAGCGCCAACGUGCAGCACGCCUCGCAGCCAUGCAGCAGAACGCAGACGAGCUCGACGAAGAGCGCACACGGCGUAUAAACGCGGCAGAGGAACGAGACAGAGCCGAACGGGAAGCAGAAGAGGCCGCUCGAGCUGAAUCCAGCAAGUAUGGCGGACGGGGAGCCUUUGUCAACAACAUCCACCGAAAGGCUGGAGAUAUCGACCUAGCAGAUCGGCUACAGCGAGGGAAGAAGAACCUCGAGAAAGAACAGGAAGCUUACUGA